AUGGUGAAUUGGGUGGAAGCACAGAAGCCCAUCUUGCACUGGCUGGUGCGGGGUGCGGGGCUGCGCCAGCAGACCAUCGAGAUCGAGCCCGGCACUGUCAUCAGCAUGUGGGUUCCCAAGGAGAAGGUCAUGGCCAACAAGAAGAAGGCCACCAACAAAGAAGUAGUUCCUGACCUGAGUAGCGAUGGCAGCAGGGACGAGGAGGAAGACAAGAGGAAGAAGAAGAAGAAGCAGCGAGGCAAAGAGAAGGAGAAGCCAGCGGUGGUACUGGUGCACGGAUUCGCAGCGGAAGGGAUCGUCACGUGGCAGUUCCAGUUCGGGGUGCUGGUGAACCAGUACGAGGUGUACAUCCCCGACCUGUUCUUCUUCGGGGAGUCGACCACCGCCGCCGCCGACCGCUCCCCGGCCUUCCAGGCUGAGUGCCUGGCCGCGGCGCUCGACAAGCUCAGCGUGCGGCGGUGCACCGCCGUGGGGUUCAGCUACGGAGGGAUGGUGGCGUUCAAGAUGGCGGAGCUGCGACCGGACCUGGUGCGCUCGCUGGUCGUCUCCGGCUCCGUCUUCGCCAUGACGGACUCCAUCAGCAGGGCGACGCUGGACCAGCUCGGCUUCGCCUCCUCCUCGGAGCUCCUCAUGCCGGAGUCCAUCAAGGGCCUCAAGGCCCUGCUCUCCGUCUCCAUGCACAAGAAGCUAUGGUUCCCGGACUUCCUCUACAAGGACUACCUCGAGGUGAUGUUUAGCAAUCGGAAGGAGAGGGCAGAACUGCUCGAGGGUUUGGUGAUCAGCAACAAAGAUGCGAAGGUUCCCUCUUUGGAUCAGGUAUGUGUGCAGGUAUCCGAUUUCUUCCAUUACCUGCAUUACUUCAAGGUUAAUUUCCUGUUCACCAAAAAUGUUGGAGAUAUUUCUACACAUAUAUGUAUAAACUUGUACACAAAAAACAUACAAUCCUUUGCGAAGCCAACCUCUUGUAUGCUGCCAAAAUGUGGAAUUGAAGAGCAUGAUUAUUCUUGGUGUUUUCAUUUUCACAUGAUGCAGAGGAUACUCUUGUUGUGGGGAGAGAAUGACAACAUAUUCAACCUAGAGCUUGCCAAGGACAUGAAAGAACAACUGGGCGAGAAGGCCAUACUACAAAGCAUAAAGAAAGCAGGGCAUCUUCUUCAUGUUGAGAGGCCCUGCGCUUACAAUCGCCACCUCAAGAAAUUCCUCGCACUCGUAAAAGAUGAAGGCACCGAGGAAUGAUCAAGUUCAAAUGUCCUUUAUUCAAUUAUAAGUUUGUGGACCAGCAUUACUAUUUAUUUCUAUCAUUGCAUUGAAUAAACCAUGUUCUUGAGCUUUCCAGUUAUAUUUCA